UCUUUCCCUAUUUCUUUUUUUAAAUUUUUUCUUAUUAUCUUUUUAUAUAAUACGCGUUUUAACAUUCAUGAAAAAUUCUCAAUCAAGAAUUCUCCGUAGCUGUACUGUGCUUUCUACACUCGAAAUGAAACGGGUACAGAAAUCAGACGUUCGCAAAAACGAGAAAAAUAUCAUCAGAAGAUUGCCUGAAAAAUUGAGCCGCGAGGAAAUCAACUAACCUCUCGUUUCUUAAAAAAAAUAAUAAAACUUAACAGAAGGUGACAACGAACGGAAGGUACGACUGUCACGUCGUUUCUUUCGAUGCAGCAUGCACUGCUAAAUCAUACGUACAAGCCGUUUCUCGCCUGAGCGGCUUGAAGCUUGAAGAGCUAUUUUGAAGCAGCUUGAAGUAGCUUCGUUACGAACCCCAAACUGUCCCAAACACAUGGUAAACAUGUCACCGGUACGAGAAACUUUGCGUGACUCCAGCGGCGAUUCUGGAUCAGAAUCCGACAAUGCUUCCGCGUCCUCGAGAUCGAGUCGUAGCGGUAGCCGAGCGUCACAGGCUCCAGUGCAAACGGGCGAAAGGAGCGAGCACUCCGAGGACGAGAACGGAGCGCCGGCUUCGCCCGCAUCGAACGCCAGUGGUAGCCGUGCCUCGAGGUCCACCAGCCAGAGUCCGGUCGGGUCAAACAAACUGGACGGCAGUCGCAGAUCGGAAAGCCCGUCCGGAUCACCGGUCGGAUCUGGCUCGAGACGUUCGAGCGUCGGCUCCGUGCAGAGCGAGAAGUCCGGCUCUCCACGGUCCAGGAGCGGCACCCCGAAGUCGGUAGCCUCUCGCGCCAGCUCGGCGGACUCGCAAAAGUCGCCCCGAUCGCGCUCGCCGUCCCCGCGCGGUAGCGUACACUCCUCGAGUCCGAAGUCACCGGUCAGUUCAAGGUCUGCGCGCUCCAGAUCGGUGGAAAGAAAGUCCAAGACUCCAGCCUCCCCCGCGUCCAACGCCUCUGGUUACGACUCUCCGAAGAGUCGUAGAUCACGAAGUGCGUCCUCUCAGAGGAGCAACAAGUCAGCGGGUUCCACGAGUCCGACGGAGAGGCGGUCAAAUUCGUCCGCGUCCUCAAGGAAGCUUGACGAGUCGACGAAGAGAGCGAGUUCCGAAAGAUCUGACGUCAAGAGAUCGCGAUCCAAAAGUCCCAACAAGAGCGAUAAUGAGUCGAACAAAUCCUUCAAACAGACAGAUGGAAGCCCGAAAUCCGAUGACAGUGACGAAGAAGAACAGUUGAAGAAUAAACGGCAACGCAGCAGCUCUGGCUCGGACACAGAAAAAAUUGUGAAACGAAGUAAACCGAUAAUAAAUUCGGAUUCCGAGAAUGAGACAGCUGACAAAGAGAAUAGCGUUGCUCCAACUGCGGACGCGUUGUUUGGUGAUGCAAGUGACAUUAGUACGGACGAUGAGAAGGAUAAAAAGGAUGAGAAGAAUGAAAGAGAACGGAGUCGCAGUCGGAGCAAAAGUAGAAGCAGAAGUCGUAGCAGAAGCAAAAGUAGGAGCAGAAGUAGGAGUAGGAGUAGAAGUCGGAGUCACAGCCGCGGCAGAUCCGAGAGCGGUGGAGAGGGUCCAAGCCACCGAGCUAUUAUCGAAGACGAGGAGGAUAAAGAUAAAGAAGAAGAACCAGAGCCACCUCCAGAAACUCGAAUUGACGUGGAAAUUCCGAAAAUCAGUACCGAUCUGGGACGCGAAAUUCACUUCGUAAAGCUGCCAAAUUUUCUAUCUGUUGAAACAAGACCGUUCGAUCACGAAACCUACGAGGAUGAAAUCGACGAGGAGGAAACUCUGGACGAAGAAGGUCGCGCUCGACUAAAGCUCAAAGUUGAAAAUACAUUGAGGUGGAAGGAGAUGUUCAACGACGAAGGCAAAAUGGUAAAGCAGAGUAACGCGAGAUUUGUAAAAUGGUCGGAUGGUAGCAUGUCCUUGCAUUUGGGUUCGGAGAUCUUCGAUGUGUACAAACAGCCGCUGCAGGGCGAUCACAAUCACCUUUACAUUCGUCAAGGUACAGGUCUGCAGGGUCAAGCGGUAUUCCGAACGAAGCUAACAUUCCGGCCGCACUCCACCGAAUCAUUCACGCACAGAAAGAUGACUAUGUCUUUGGCCGACAGGUCGCAAAAGACUUCUGGCAUUAAGGUUCUUUCCCAAGUAGGAAUGAACCCAGAUCAGAAUAGAUAUGAGAUGAUAAAGAAAGAGGAAGAAAAGCUACGUAUGGCUAUGCGAGUUCAAAACAAAACGAAGAAAAGUACUGGCGGUAUUAGAAAUACUAACCGUGGUAGUACAGGAGCGUACAGUGGUGAUGCUUAUCACGAUGACGGUUCCGAUGACGAAGGUGCAAUCUCACUGGCAGCUAUAAAAAAUAAAUACAAAAAAGGCGCAGCGAUUCCUUCUAAAGCAUCGAAUAUUUAUUCUUCGGAUGAGGAAGGUUCGGACAUUGAGACACAUAGACCGAAAAAGAAUAUUAAAGGAAAAAUUCUUAAAGAUUCAGACGAAGAAUCCAAUUCUGAGAGUUCUGCGAUUAGCGGCGGAGACGAUAAUCAAGCUGAUGAUGCGAGUGACUGAAAAUGUAUAUAUAAUUCAAAAUUUAGUAAAUAAACGUUUUUUUCUUUUUAUAACAACAUAAUAGUUCACCAUUAUGGCACACGAUGCAAAUAGCGUUAAAUAAAUAGUAUCUAAUGUUAUAGAUAAUAUCAGAUUUGCGUAUGAUGUAAAUAAAACAAUAAAUGCAUAUUUGAAAUAGUCCAAAACAAAUAAAUUUACAUAAAUUUGUAAACAUA